GGCUCUGACUACAACCCACAACCAUUAUUACCAGUGUCGUCGAGUACAAUUAAAGAUACAAAUUAGGGUGUGAGCGUCCCCCCCCCCCCCGAGGUGAAGACGGAAUGUCAGAGGAAACAAAAGACAGCCGAGUACAAAGGAGGAGAGGAAGGAAGAAGUGCCAGGAUUCAACCUUUAGGUCAGGAAACCAAGACGGGAAGAAGGAGAGCGCGCGCCCGCUAUCCGAAAGCGUGGUGACGUAGUGCAGCCUCUGGUGGCACAGACAGCCAAUCGGGAAACGCAGCGGAGAAUUUCGAACAAGCAAAGGUUACUUCGUGAGGCGGGGAAAACAAAAAACAUCAAGCACCAACGGCUGUGGGGUUCUGGCAUCGUCGCGCGUACCCGCGCGCUCCCUCGCGUUGGCGAACCUGGAGUGAAAAGGGUGGAAAAGCCAGCUGAGAAACGAGAAGUAUUAGCGCGCGCCACAAAGAGUUAUUUAGCCAGGUGGAAUAUGGCUAAAGAAAGAUGCUUGAAGAAGUCAUUUAAGGACAGUCUGGAAGAUAUAAAAGAACGAAUGAAAGAAAAGAAAAAUAAAAAAUGGGCAAAGUUGGGCAAAAGCAACCAAGUCUUAUCUGUCAAGGGCAAAAUUGCAGACAACUCUUUUACACAGAUGAAAAGCUUCCAGGCAAACAAUCGAGCAUUAGCUCUUGCUUUAGAAGAGGAGAAGAGCAAAAUGAGAGAAGCACAAGAUACAAUUCUUAAUUUAAAGAAAGAAUAUCAGUGUCUGAAAUUUCAGAUGUUUGCUUUGCAAAGAAAGCUGGUGUCACAACAAGGAAAAGAACAUGCUGAGACUAGACUAAUUGCCUUGAAGAUUAUUUCUAAAGUUGUUCAAAACCUACUCAAUGUGACAAAUCUUCUUGGUCCUGAAAAAGAUCUGCAUACCACUGUUUUUAACCAGACUCUGUGUGCCUCAGACAUUGAAGAAUGUGAUUCUAGUAGUUUAAGAAAACAAGAUUCUCUGCAAGGUGUUGAAAAUACAUCAUCAGCCACACCACCACAGAUAAAUAUAGGCUUGCAAAGUAGUUCCUGUGAAGAUCAUGUAUGGCAUGAAAGCAGAAAUGAAGAAGAUAGGCAAUUUGGUAAUUCCUUACCAAAAACGGUAUCUACCCGUUGUCGCUACCGUAGGCUCAAAACCCAGAAUGAACAGUGUGUAUCUGAAGGUAGCAAUCCAGAAGUAAUUGAGCAGAUAAAAGAAUGUUGCCAGCAAGAUGAAUAUGGACCUGAGUCAUGUUUAGAGAAAAACGAUAAAGAACAGGAAGAAACAUAUGUUUCUCAAGGGUACAAACAUGACAUCAACACAGAUAAAACUUUGGGACAAUCUAAUAUGUUAACUGAAUCAAAUAUCUUAGCAGUAAUCUCAGAACAAACUGAUUUUAAUACCAUUGGAGGUUCUCAAAUGCUAAAAGAGCGAGGCCAAAAAAGAAAACUGGAAACAAUAAAAAAUUCCUCCAGAACAAGAUCCAAAAAAGAAAGAAACUAUAAUAAACAGCGCUGUGCCAAAGAAAAAACAGAUACAUCACUUGGUUCCAGUGAUGCUUAUGAUUUUACUUUUGAGGAGAGUGUCCAUAUUACACCUUUUCGACAAAACAAGGAUGAAGAGAAUAACAUCAGUGAUAAAAAUUACAUAGAAGCAGAAACAUCUAGCAGUGAAUCAUUUGUUUCCGAGGACUCUGACGAUAGUCUGUACAUACCUUACAUCAAAAAAUCGAAAUCUAGGAAAAGCUUGGGAUGCAGGACUGAUGUAAGCCCAGUACAUACAAGACCUCAAUCAAAGAAGGCUGUGUAUGAACAACAUGAUAGAAAUACUGAGGGGGGAAACAGGAGUACUAAAACUGAGAAUUCUACAGAUAAGGAAACUGUGGCAACAGAUAACGCAUUUGGGACUCUUGAAAAAGGUCGUCCCUGCCUUGGUGAUAUUACCAACUUUGCAUCAACCUCCACCUCCACCCAAACUAGAGUUUCUCACCCGCUGAUCAGUGACAAAGCAAAAGAUAUGUCUCAGCAGAAACGCAGAUGUACUCUUUGUGUGAGCUAUAAGGAACCAAGUAUCAGUGUGAAGCUCAGAAGAGGAGACCGUUUUACAGAUACUGGUUUUCUGAAUUCUCCCAUUUUUAAACAGAAAAAGAGCAGCAAGCGCAAGUCUGUUGAAAAGAAAUAACUGUCCAGAUACAAUGAGUUGUAUUGGUUGUCUUGGAACAGAUUUUUCAAGCAAAACCAUUAACUUGACUUGUAAAUUUCAGUAUUCUUAAUGCCGUAAGUGUAUUUGCCAACAUUAUGUUGCUGGAAAAUUUUAACUGUAUAUUUGUACAUUCAGCUGUUUAGUUAGUGUUUAGAUUUUAAUAUUUAGCCACACACACACAUCCUGACCUGCCACGACACCCAUACAAUUACAUUCUAUGUAACUUCCAGAUUAUAGAUUAAAAAUUGUGAACAUUAACACUUUGAAUUGGUAGGCAUAUAUAGCGGCUUUGUCUCAUUUCUUAUCAAUAGGGAUAUUUUUUGUUUCAAAUUAGGUUUUAUGGAAUCCUACUUAUUGCCAAACACAGAUCAUUUUAAUAGUAGAUUAUCCAAUUACAUAUGUAACUGUUGAACAUCUUUGUAGUUUUCU